AUCGCCCGCCGAGCGGUGGAUAGUGCAAAUUCUUCCAGUGUAGUGCGGUUGUCAAUUGGAUUGCAGGCCCUAAAACUAUAGAUACACAACAUCGGCUUCUCUCUUCGCAACUUUUCGCGGGUGCAGAAUCUAACGAGUUUACUCAGCGCGACCUGUAACCUUCGAGAUAAUAGCGAACGAGUACCUAACCUAAGUACUUGACUGCGUAUGAGCGCGUGGUCCAUAAGAAGGUUUCGCGCGUUGCAGUUUACUUUCAUUUUCGCAGCCAAUCAAAUCGUUUUGUGUGCAGUUCAUCGAUGCAGCUUAUCUCGCAACAAAUAUUGAAAAGCGAUUCCUGCGUAGGCAUGACCUUUCCUUAAAUAAUAAAUCGCCGAUAUAGAACAAAGUUAAACUUGACCGAAAUAUCCAAGCGAAAAACUAUCAAUAGAAACGGCAACAGUUUUGUGAACAUUCACUACCACAAUCAGCUGGUAUCCUGUGGAAGAAAUUAAAAAGUUCUGUGGAAAAGCGGGCUUUACCCUCUCCUUGCUCUCCGAUCUAAAAGUUUUGAAGAAUUGAGUUGGCAAUUUAUAUUAUCAGUCAACGGAAUCCACGGAAGCCCAUCGCCAUACGUGGCCUAGCCUCUACUCAGCAGUCACGUGUUUGAUCAAUACAAUAUCUAUAGCCAACCUGAGGACAGGAGGAGCGAUUCUAUUUGUAGUGCCAGUGUAAAAUUUAGUCCUUCAUCGCUAAUUCGACUGUCUAGUUAUUAGGAAGAGCGUUCGAAAAACGGGUUGGUUUUGUUUCCUGAAAGCAAUCAAGCAAAAAAUAAGCGAAGUUUUCCAAUACGCAGUGUUAAUAAGUGAUCAAGAUCCGUGAAGAAUAUCGUGAAAUUUAACUGUUCCAGACGGAAGAAAGUUUAAAAAAGCGAAAGAAGACAAACCAUUUCAUUGUGUAGAAAAACGAAAAUUACCCACUUUAAAAAAAAUGAUUCCCAUAUUUAGCAAGUUUGAGUUCAAAGAAGGUGUCAAACAGAUCGUCGGCGUAGCAGACAUCACCGAGAAUCGCAACAUAUGGCGCAUGUUGAUAGCCGAAUUUCUCGGCACCUUCUUCCUGGUGUCGAUCGGAAUCGGUAGCACGACGGGCUGGGGCGGAGGUUACAGUCCCACGAUGACGCAGAUCGCACUCACCUUUGGCCUCGUAGUGGCCACCCUUGCACAGGCAUUCGGUCACGUGAGCGGCUGCCACAUUAACCCGGCCGUCACCAUCGGACUGAUGAUCACUGCCGACAUCAGCAUACUGAAGGGAGCCUUCUACAUCGUGUCCCAGUGUGUGGGCGCCAUCGCUGGAGCUGCUCUGAUUAAGGCAGCCACCCCGGCAGAGUUUGUCGGAUCCCUCGGUGUGACCGGCAUCGAUCCCUCCAUGACCGUUGGCCAAGGCGUUAUGAUUGAAGCCCUCAUUACCUUCAUCCUGGUGUUCGUUGUCCACGGCGUCUGUGACAAUCGUCGUUCCGAUAUCAAGGGAUCUGCUCCACUGGCCAUCGGGCUGUCCAUCACUGCCGGCCAUUUGAGUGCGAUCAAGUACACUGGCGCCAGCAUGAAUCCAGCCCGCUCGUUCGGACCCGCCGUUGUCAUGGGUAACUGGACAGACCAGUGGGUAUACUGGGUCGGUCCGAUCGUUGGUGGCAUCCUUGCCGGUGCCAUCUAUCGUCUGUUCUUCAAAGUAAGAAAAGGUGACGAGACAUCUGGUUCUUACGAUUUCUAAAGCGAUUCCAUCACCCGCUCAAGUGAUUGGAAAUCAAAACGAGUUGAAUCAAUCUCAUUGUCUAUUUGUUUUUAUUUUGUUUUCCCCUUCUUUGUUACACUUGUGAGAUCAUGUUUUGUUAUGUGAAUUACCAUGUAUGGCUCAUGUACUAACAUAUCUAUCAUAUUUCUUUCUCUUUUCCCGAUGUGCUUGUUUCUUCCGUAUUUUUAGAUGAACACUAACAAAGUAGGACAAGUGACUAACGACGUUCAGUAUAUAUAGUCGCGGGCUAGCCCAUCUCCCACUUAUGUAGUUGAUAAUGCCAUAAGUUAUUUAAUGUAAAAGAGAAAAUCGAAACUUAACCCCUAUGGACGUAAUGAGCAUCGAUUAGUGCCGCUACCCUUAACUGAUUCUACCUAUCCUAUGUGUGUGUCUAACAGUGUCCCAACAUAUGAAAUGAUAACGGAAAUUUUGUUUUUCAAAAUACUUAGUACUUAAACGACGAGGCAACAGAUCAAUACGGGACUCGUUACAAAAUUCCACCUAUCAACUAUUUAUGAAGUCAAUAUGGAAAGGCCAAAUUCGAAAAGAACUAUAUUUAUAUGAUAAAAUUGAGCUAACGUUCUAUUGUAAGUGCACUUACUGCAAGCUGAGCCACGUUUUCAUCAGUGCCUUAUGAGCUAAAAAAAGCACGUGUAAUGAGAAGAAACAAAUAUCUACUGUAUACAUUUCAUCGCUUGGCUUUUGGUCUUCCACACUUAAGUUCGGUUGCCACAUCGUUGAACGUAUAUGCAAAAUCCCAAAUGGCUUCCCCUAUCCUUUUUUGUAAUUUCAAACUUAAGUUUUUCUAUUUUAUGUACAUACCCUUAUGAACUUUUUAAUUGAUUUUCAUUUUUACUACACUUUUUAAUCAUACAUGUUUACCACUUUUACAACUUGGUGCAAAGAUGUGAUCAUUGAAUUUGAAAUAUCUUCCUUUAUAUUGAACCCGAACAAAUAUCACUUUGCAUUCAAUACCCCUUUAUCGGUAGCAUUGCUUUACUCAAACUGAUCAAAUCUGAUUUUGCCCUCAAACUCUUCUGAAAAAGCACAUUUAGAAUAGAUCGUUCGUUAAAAUUAUAAUUGAAAUUACAAUUUUAUUUUUGAUGAUAUUGAAUACGAAACUAUAAAUUAUCAUUAAAUAGCACAGUUUAAUCCUUUCGACAGUUGUUGAUAGGGAUAUUUUUGCACCAUUUAUUUCAUGAGAUAAAUUGUAUCUUCCUCAAUGAACCUAUACAACAAAUGUAAAUUUUUACAUAUAAUAAAGUGAUUUUUCCACUAAAAAACCUCGUAAUCAGAAACAUGUGUAUAUUUUAAGCUUUUGGUAAAAAUUAUUGGAGGCGUAAUAAAAUAUUCAUUCAAACACAUAUAAAAGAUACUAAAGAUCAAUAGUUUCCGCUUCCUUCUUCUACUUUUCUCCACGUUUUCGAAACUGCAUUCUUCAAAUCAAACAUUCUAGACACAAAUUUACGUUGAAAUAGCAUUUUUAAACAGGUAAUCAAAACCUAACUAAAACUUUUGGAAAUAUUCCGUGAAACAAUACCAUAAUACUGAUUGUCUUUCUAUCCUCCUUUGGUAUGUUUUAUAUGUGUGACGUUAUAGUUAGCAGGACGUUUAAUUGUUACGCUGUAUGUGCAUUAACUUUAAAAAUCUAACAGCUGUACUAGUAUUGGAAUGAAUAUUUUGAAAUUUUUGUUGCUUACUAACCCCUCAAUAUACUUUUCACUACGCUUUCAUGGUGUUGCAAAAUUUAAUCCAUUUUAAACUGUUGAAGCAUGGAAAAUUGAUAAAAGCAAACUCUUUAUUGAAAACGAAAAUUUGUAUCUUCUCGUAUGUAUUAUAUACAUUGGAAUUUACACUAUUUUAUUGUAUAGAUGAUAUGUUAAAUAAAAGUUGCGAAAUGUUAAA